AUGAAUAAUACUUGGUGGGGCGAGGGAACGGAAGAUCUCUCCCUAACGCCUUUCACCAUUAAGAGGAAAGCGAUGGAGGAGCUGAGCGCUGAUGAGAUCCGUCGGAGGCGCCUUGCACGACUUGCUGGUGGACAGACCUCCCAGCCUACCACCCCUCUCACUUCUCCCCAGCGAGAGAACCCCCCCGGGCCUCCUAUAGCAGCAUCAGCUCCAGGCCCCUCCCAGAGCCUUGGUCUCAACGUCCACAACAUGACCCCCGCUACCUCCCCCAUUGGUGCAUCAGGAGUAGCCCAUCGAAGCCAGAGCAGUGAGGGAGUCAGUUCUCUCAGCAGCUCGCCCUCCAAUAGCCUUGAAACGCAGUCCCAGUCUCUCUCACGUUCCCAGAGCAUGGAUAUCGAUGGAGUCUCUUGUGAGAAAAGCAUGUCCCAGGUGGAUGUGGAUUCAGGAAUCGAAAAUAUGGAGGUUGAUGAAAAUGACCGAAGAGAAAAAAGGAGCCUCAGUGAUAAGGAGCCUUCAUCAGGUUCUGAAGUGUCUGAAGAGCAGGCCUUACAGCUGGUCUGUAAGAUUUUCCGUGUCUCCUGGAAGGACCGGGACAGGGAUGUGAUCUUCCUUUCUUCUCUUUCUGCACAGUUUAAGCAGAACCCAAAAGAAGUGUUCUCUGAUUUUAAGGACUUGAUUGGCCAGAUUUUAAUGGAAGUGCUAAUGAUGUCUACUCAGACCAGAGAUGAAAACCCAUUUGCCAGCCUGACAGCCACCUCCCAGCCAAUUGCAGCGACAGCUCGGUCACCAGACAGAAACCUCAUGCUGACCACCGGCUCCAACCCAGGAACGAGCCCCUUGUUCUGCAACCUGGGUUCCUUCGGGGCCAGCUCUUUGUCUAGCCUCUAUGAGACUAGCCCAGCUCCCAAUACCAAUGUCUGGAGCUCUGUGCCAAUGAUGAGUCCACCUCUGGCCUCCCCAUCCCGGGCAGCCAGCCAGGCGACUACGCCUCCCGCUUCUUCCCUCUGUCCUCCUGGUGCUGUGGGGACGCCUGCGGGAAGCCAGCCCUCGUCUCCACGGUACCGGCCCUACACUAUCACCCACCCCUCGGGGUCUACAUCUUCUCCUGCCUCGCGAUCCUCAGGCACCUCCAUCCUGUCUAGCUCCCCAGGCCUGUUCGUCCCGGCCAGUAGCCCUCAAGCCGUGCCCACCAGCUCCUCCCGACAGAGGCUCCCUGGCACAGGACCACCUUUACUCUCCGCCUCCCCUGGUGGGAGUGCCCCCAGCAGACGGCCCUCCUCCCUAAGGAACUCUCCUAGUAUGUACGACAGUCCUUUCUCCUUCCUCUUCCUCGCACUUUCUGGGGACAGUAGUGACGAAGAUGAAGAAGAUGAUGAUGAUGAUGGUGAUGAUGAAGGUGGUGGUGGUGGUGAUGAGUUUUCUUGUGUCCAGUUUGGGUCCAGUCUGGGAGCCUCUGGUGGGGCAAGUACUUGGGAUUCCUACAGCGACCAUUUCACCAUUGAAACGUGCAAGGAGACAGACAUGCUGAACUACCUCAUCGAGUGUUUUGACCGAGUUGGAAUAGAGGAAAAAAAAGCACCAAAGAUGUGCAGCCAGCCAGCAGUCAGCCAGCUUCUGAGCAACAUCCGCUCACAGUGCAUAUCCCACACUGCAUUAGUACUCCAGGGGUCCCUCACACAGCCAAGGUCCCUGCAGCAGCCGUCCUUCCUAGUGCCGUACAUGUUGUGUAGGAACCUACCAUAUGGCUUCAUCCAGGAGCUGGUGAGAACCACUCACCAGGAUGAAGAAGUGUUCAAGCAGAUCUUUAUCCCCAUUUUACAAGGCCUGGCUCUUGCUGCCAAAGAGUGCUCCCUCGAUAGUGACUACUUUAAAUACCCCCUCAUGGCUUUAGGUGAGCUCUGUGAAACCAAGUUUGGAAAGACACACCCUGUGUGCAAUUUGGUCGCUUCUUUGCCGUUGUGGUUGCCUAAGUCUUUAAGCCCUGGCUCUGGGCGGGAGCUGCAGAGACUGUCAUACUUGGGGGCUUUCUUCAGCUUCUCCGUCUUUGCAGAAGAUGAUGCAAAAGUGGUGGAAAAAUAUUUCUCAGGGCCCGCCAUUACCCUGGAAAACACUCGAGUGGUGAGCCAGUCUCUGCAGCAUUACUUGGAGCUAGGAAGGCAAGAGCUUUUCAAGAUCCUGCAUAGUAUCUUGUUAAAUGGUGAAACCCGUGAGGCCGCUCUUAGUUACAUGGCAGCUGUUGUCAAUGCCAAUAUGAAGAAAGCACAGAUGCAGACAGACGAUAGGUUGGUGUCAACAGACGGAUUCAUGCUGAAUUUCCUUUGGGUACUGCAGCAACUUAGUACAAAGAUCAAGUUAGAGACAGUCGACCCCACGUACAUAUUCCACCCAAGGUGUCGGAUCACGCUUCCCAACGACGAGACCAGAGUGAAUGCGACGAUGGAAGAUGUGAAUGACUGGCUGGCUGAACUUUAUGGAGAUCAGCCUCCAUUUUCUGAGCCGAAAUUCCCUACGGAAUGCUUCUUUCUCACCCUGCAGGCCCACCACCUCUCAAUCCUGCCCAGCUGCCGUCGCUACAUCCGCAGACUGCGGGCCAUCCGGGAGCUCAAUAGAACUGUGGAAGAUCUGAAAAAUAAUGAAAGCCAAUGGAAAGACUCCCCACUGGCAACCAGACACCGUGAGAUGCUGAAACGCUGCAAAACUCAGCUUAAGAAACUGGUACGAUGCAAGGCCUGUGCUGAUGCUGGCUUGCUUGAUGAGAGCUUUCUGAGAAGAUGUCUGAACUUCUACGGCCUUCUCAUUCAGCUGCUGCUCCGCCUCCUGGACCCUGCCUACCCGGAUGUAACACUGCCUUUAAAUUCAGAUGUCCCCAAGGUAUUUGCAGCAUUGCCUGAGUUUUAUGUAGAAGAUGUUGCUGAAUUUUUAUUUUUUAUUGUACAAUACUCUCCUCAGGUGCUUUACGAGCCCUGCACUCAGGAUAUUGUGAUGUUCCUCGUUGUGAUGUUGUGUAACCAGAACUACAUCCGAAAUCCGUAUCUGGUGGCCAAACUGGUCGAAGUCAUGUUCAUGACCAACCCUGCUGUUCAGCCAAGGACCCAGAAGUUUUUUGAAAUGAUCGAGAACCAUCCCCUCUCCACCAAGUUGUUGGUCCCUUCCCUGAUGAAGUUUUAUACAGACGUUGAGCACACCGGCGCCACCAGUGAGUUCUACGACAAGUUCACCAUUCGCUAUCACAUUAGCACCAUCUUUAAAAGCCUUUGGCAGAACAUAGCUCACCACGGCACCUUUAUGGAGGAGUUCAAUUCUGGGAAGCAGUUUGUCCGCUAUAUAAACAUGCUGAUAAACGACACGACGUUCUUGCUCGAUGAGAGUCUGGAGUCUCUGAAGCGGAUCCACGAAGUGCAGGAAGAGAUGAAGAACAAAGAACAGUGGGACCAGCUGCCCCGGGACCAGCAGCAGGCUCGCCAGUCCCAGCUCGCUCAGGAUGAGCGUGUUUCACGCUCCUAUCUUGCCCUGGCGACAGAGACUGUGGACAUGUUCCAUAUUCUCACCAAGCAGGUCCAGAAGCCAUUCCUGAGACCCGAACUUGGACCCCGAUUGGCCGCGAUGCUAAACUUCAAUCUUCAGCAACUCUGUGGCCCGAAGUGCCGUGACCUGAAAGUUGAAAACCCCGAGAAAUAUGGCUUUGAACCAAAGAAGCUGUUGGACCAACUGACCGAUAUUUACUUGCAGCUGGACUGUGCCCGGUUCGCGAAAGCCAUCGCUGACGACCAGAGAUCCUACAGCAAAGAGUUGUUUGAAGAAGUUAUUUCAAAAAUGCGGAAGGCGGGAAUCAAAUCCACCAUAGCGAUAGAGAAGUUCAAGCUUCUGGCCGAGAAAGUAGAGGAGAUUGUGGCUAAGAAUGCACGUGCAGAAAUUGACUACAGUGACGCCCCAGAUGAGUUCAGAGACCCUCUAAUGGACACCCUGAUGACUGACCCCGUGCGACUGCCCUCCGGCACCAUCAUGGACCGCUCCAUCAUCCUGCGGCACUUGCUGAACUCCCCCACGGACCCCUUCAACCGACAGACGCUGACAGAGAGCAUGCUGGAACCAGUGCCAGAACUGAAAGAACAGAUUCACGCCUGGAUGAGAGAGAAGCAGAACAGUGAUCACUAA